AACAUGGAGCUGCGGGAGGAGGCCUGGUCUCCGGGGCCACUGGACUCCGAGGACCAGCAGAUGGCCAGCCACGAGAACCCAGUGGACAUCCUCAUCAUGGAUGACGACGACGUCCCCAGCUGGCCCCCGACCAAGCUGUCCCCACCCCCGGCGGCACCCCCAGCCGGCCCUCCAACACGAUCUCGCCCGCCUGCGCCCUACAUCUGCAAUGAAUGUGGCAAGAGUUUCAGCCACUGGUCCAAGCUAACGCGGCACCAGCGCACGCACACUGGCGAGCGUCCCAACGCCUGCACUGACUGCGGCAAGACCUUCUCGCAAAGCUCCCACCUGGUGCAGCACCGGCGGAUCCACACAGGCGAGAAGCCGUAUGCCUGUUCCGAGUGUGGCAAGCGCUUCAGCUGGAGCUCCAACCUGAUGCAGCAUCAGCGCAUUCACACGGGCGAGAAGCCCUACGCCUGCCCCGACUGCGGCCGCAGCUUCACGCAGAGCAAGAGCCUAGCCAAGCACCGGCGCUCACACAGUGGCCUCAAGCCCUUCGUGUGCCCGCGCUGUGGCCGCGGCUUCAGCCAACCCAAGAGCUUGGCGCGUCACCUGCGCCUGCACCCAGAGCUGGCCGGGCCCGGCGUGGCAGCCAAAGUAUUGGCUGCCAGCGUGCGUCGUGCCAAGGCGCCCGAAGAGGCAGCCGCGGCGGAAGGCGAGCUGGCCAUUCCGGUGGGCGACGGCGAGGGCAUCAUCGUGGUGGGCACUGCAGGGGAGGGCGCAACGGCGGCCGUGGCCAUGGAAGCCGGGCCCCGGGCACCCGGGCCUCGCUCGCGGCGCGCCCCAGUCCCAAAGCCCUACGUGUGUCUGGAGUGCGGCCAGGGCUUCGGGACCGGUGUGGCUCUUUUGGCGCACCAGCGCGCACAGCACGCAGACGGGCCAGGGGCGGCAAGCGGCGAGGAACCAGCGCACAUCUGCGUGGAAUGCGGCGAGGGCUUUGUACAGGGCGCGGCGCUGCGGAGACACAAACGAGUCCAUGCCGUGGGUGCGCCCGCCGUCUGCAGCAACUGCGGACAGAGCUUCUAUCGUGAGGGCGGCGAGGACGAAGGCGACCAGGACGAGGAAGAAGAGGGGGCCAAGUGCGGCGAGUGCCGAGGGGAGGCCCGGUAG